AUGAGUUCAGGAACUGUGUCCAUGCCUGGCUUAAGCCAUGACCUUGAUAACGGCGCUCUCGGGCAUUACCUCGUCAAGUCUGGGAAAAUCCCUAACCUGCAAUUACCUGUUGUAACCACGAAGAUCGGAUAUGGCCAGAGCAAUCCAACCUACUUUGUAGAUGAUGCAACCGGCGCCCGAUUCAUUCUAAGGAAGAAGCCGCCAGGCCCGGCCAUCAGUCCCGUGGCGCAUCGGAUCGAUCGGGAGUAUAGAGUACUCGAGGCACUUGGGUCGGUGAAGAGUUUUCCUGUCCCGAAAGUCUUCGAGCUAUGCGAGGAUGCUUCAAUAAUCGGAACGCCAUUCUACGUGAUGGAAUUUGUAAAAGGCAGGAUCAUAACCGACGUGGACCUGGGAGAACUUUCACCAGGCGAUAGACGAAAGACGACGUGGAGUCGUAUCGAGGCUCAACAAGCCGCGGUCAAAGAUGUCAAAUCGGGAAAAGCACUGGGCCGAGCCCACGAGGAUUACGACAAGAUCGUCGAGUAUGUGAGAAACAACUUGCCGGACGAUCGAUAUGCUAUUAUGCAUGGGGAUUUCAAAUUUGACAAUCUGAUCCUCCAUCCUACCGAGCCAAGGGUCAUUGCAGUCCUUGACUGGGAGUUGUCAACCAUUGGACAUCCCUUGAUGGAUCUCGUCUACUUACUCAGCCCCUUCUUCGAGGACUACCACAAAGUGGGACACGCAGCAUCAUCUCUGUCAGGCUCACCUUACAACACGCAGAGUCGCAAGGAGAGCGGCAUCCCGGAGCCGCAGGAACUCCUGGACCGUUACGCCGAGAUUGUCGGAUUUGAUCUUCGCAAGGAUGGCGGCGGGAGAGACUGGGACACGGCCGUUGUCUUUCACUACCUCCGAGGCGGCACGAUCAGUCACGGUAUCCAGGCGCGCACCAUUAAUGGCCAGGCGAGCAGCAAGUUUAGUCAUGUUUACUUCGGACAAACCAGGGCAUUGCUAGACGCCGCUUUUGAGCGAGUGAAGAAGCUAGAGUCGGAGGCGGCUGGAGGACCCAAGCUUUAA